CCGAGACAGAGAGAGGGAGAGGGUGAGAGAGAGAGCGAGAGCCAACCACCGCCGAGUCAAGAUUCAGCGAUUCCACAGCAAUCGCCCUAAUGACAACAGCCUCAUAAUAUCUCCCCUAAAUCCACAAUCUUUUCUACAUUCCGAUGCAGAUCUGGGUGUGAGGCACCAAGUCUACACCACUUUGGAGAUCUCAAAGAGGGAAGCCAGAGAGAUUGUGAGAGAAUUUAAAUGGGAAACCUAACACGACCGAGGCUGUAAAUGCCCCAGUCCCUAAACCCCGAGUUCUGGCUCUCCUUAGGCCCUGACUCCCCCAGCGCCAGGCCUCCAGGCCGAGAAAUGCAAACUGCUUUGGAGGCUCCACAGCCGCAGGGAGGCUGGGGCAGGGUGAGGGGACUCCCCCCCCCAGCCUCCCCCACCCCCCCACCAGUCCACUCAUCCCCGCGGCCAGGGUCGCUGGUCCUGAACCUGCUGACUGAGGGCAGGAAAAUAUUCGCCCAAAGGGAAGACCAGCCAAGCACCACUUCAUGGGGCUUCUUGUAUCUCUCCCUCCGUGUAUCUUCCUUCCAGGCCUGGGUCCUUUUCUGCUCAGCUGCGAAGCUCUGGGCGGUCGUUCACUGCGGGCCCAGAAAGAGCCCUAAGCUCGUGACCCCGAAACUGCAUCCCCUGGAGCCGAGGACCCAAGGCGCCGAGCGGGCGGGUGAACCCAGCCAGUCCCCUCCCAGUCCCCGCAACCCCCGCCUUUGGGUUGGGGCGACCCGGCCUCUCCCUGCCGCCGCCGGGCCAGCGGCGGCAGGAGGCUGGGCAGGUGCCGCGGGCUCUGCCGAAAGCGCUGAAAUCGAAAACCGUCGCCGCUCUAGGAGAACUGAGGCAAGUGAGGCUGAGGCUCAGCUCGUCGACACCGCUGCCCCCAGCCUCGGCCCAGGAGCCUGCCGACCCGCCUGCACCCCUCCAGCUCCCGGGGUGUCCCCGGCUUGGGGGUGCAAAGCUGGGCGGAGGGCGGAGGCCAGGCGCGCAGCUUUGUGCGCCUGGCCAGGGCCGGGCGAGGCGGGGCAGGCGCGCAGCCCGGGGCUGUCAGAGCCUCCCCGCAGAGCCGAGCUCCGCGCCGCCCACCGAGCCCACCUCGCGGGCCGGCAGCUGCCAGAGCCUCUCCGCUCCAGCCCGAAGCACCACGCCCGCCGCCCAGAGCCCCCGCCCGACUCUAACGCAGAGCUGUGAGCCUGAAGGGCCGCGCUGGACAUGGCCAGAGAAAGACUUUUCUUUUUCCAACUUCGGCGUUUGGUUUUGUGUGUCCACCACGCGCAGCUCCGGAGCUGGCAGACCCCAAAUGGAUUCUCAACAGGUGGCCAAGAUUCCAGGAACGCAGUGGUCCCCGCAGGAUCCCUGCGAGAGCAGCUUCGAGUCGCAGGGGUGCUACCAGCAUCCCCAUCCCCGCACGCCGGAAGCCAGCGCUCCCGCGGGCUUCAGAGCCUGGAAGACGCGCGGGCCCGCAAGGAGGCUCCGGGCGGAGGGAAAAGUCUCAAGGCUUUCGCAGCACGACCCUGAGCCACCCUCCGUGGUACCCUUCUUCCUGCUCCAGGCCCCUAGGCCUCUCCAAGGGCUCUAAGGGAUGGCGUGGCCCCAGGGUGCCUGGGCUUGGCCGGGGAGCACCCUCCUGAGGCCGCAGAACCCAGCACGCCCGGCGGGGGAGGGAGGAGGGGCCGAGGGGGCGGGCCCAGGCCAGUUCCCAGUUACAAAUACAGCAGCUCCCGGGAGGCCGAGGAGGAGAGUUUCGCCCCCAAACACGUAGAUCACUCACCCGAGGCGCCUUGUUUUCCACUCUUGGGUCCUGCAGUUUCCCCAGGAUCCCGUGACGCACUGGCCCAGUUGGCCAGCGUGGUGGCGGGGUGUGCCCGAGAGUCUUGAGGAGACCCCCCUCCUCCCAUGUGGCUUAGUCUGGCCUGGCCAAAAUCCACCAGAAGAGAGCCCAGAGGCUGUCUCAACCCUUCCGAUGGGAGCAAGGCGCAGGAUCGUCGGAGGAUCGCCCUCCUCCUGGAAAGUUAAGAAGAUGGGGAGAUGAAGGUGUAAGAGAGGCCUAGAAGGCCCCGGGGCAGAAGGCCUUAUUAACCUGGCACCCCACCUAAAGCCCCGGGUUUACACUUGCACACUUCCUUCUCCCCAUGCAGACUCAGGAGGUCGCACAUAUUCGAUAUCAGGCUUGAGCUGAGUCACCUGACUGUACACAGAACAUAUAUGCAGCUGUACCCGAAUACGUACCCGAGAAUUAGAGGAACACUAACAGCAGGAUCGGAAGAAAAAAAGAAGUGUUCGCAGACAGAAUUAUUCCAAUGCACGGGUGCACAUCAAGUUGUCCAGAUGCAGACAAAAGCUGUGGUGCCCACAAGGAAUGACCCCAGCCACAGGCAGAUGUGCAGGAAGCCACACACAGGGAGAGCCUGAAGGAGGAUGCAGGACUCGGGGCCAAGGGCUUCCUGCUAGAGGGACGUUGGCUUCCAAGGGUGAAACUGUUGAGCCAACCAGUUAAAGGUUUCAGGUCAAGUCCUGGAGACUAGAAAGAGCACAACGUCCAUCCACCGCUGAUCCUUUUGCCUUCCACUAAGCUGGGCUUUAGACACUCAGAAGAGGGCAACCCAGGAAAGAAUCAUUUUGAUUCGGGUUAUUUAUUUGUUACUAUUGUUGGUUAAGGAGAUUGUGUUCUGAAGAAGGAUGGGUGGGGAGCAUAGAUGGAUGCCCUAACUCAAUGCUGGGAGAUUCCUAAUUCUUAAUGGGAACAUUCGGCUCCAACGAGGGUUCAAGAAGCCAGGGGCCCUUAUUUUGCCUCUUUCUUGCCUUUCAUUGCUAAAUGCAGUCCUUAAAAAGAACCUUCGCCUAGCUCCACGCCCUCCUGUCCUCACUUCCAUCCCAAUCCCCUUUAUAUCAAAUAUGUCCACAAAAGAACACUCCCAAGCAAACUGAACUAUUUUAUUACACUAAUUUUCUUUGUGGGAUAUUGGGGUAUUCUCACCCCCUCCUACCCAUUUCCAAACAGAAGCCACCAUCCUGAGAGUUUCAAAGAGUGGCUGUUCCAAAAGGCCUUAGCAAGUGCACAGGCUUGAUGCUGCCUUCAGCUCCUUUUGCCUUCCAGACAGUAGCCACCACGAGUUUCCCCGCAGAAGAGGCAGGCACCCUGGAUGCAAAGUCGCCCUUCUUUCCACUUCACCUCCCCCACCCCAGCUCUCUCUCUGAAAGUCGAGGGUGCAUUUGGGAAGAUUCUUUUAGACAAAAAGAGGGGGAGGGAAGAGGACUCUCUGGGCUAGCAAGUGGAUGACUCCCCUCCAAGGGGCUGAGGAAGAUUUUUCUUGUGAAGAAGAGAUGAACCACUCCCUAAACAGGACAGGGGGACACUUUGAAGCAGAUCCAGUUGUCCAAGAAAUGUAGGGUGAGGAGUGGGAAGUAUGAGGAAUUUCUUCCCUUUUGGAGGCUAACAUGUGUGUCUCCCCCACCCCCAAUCCUGGAAAUUUUAGCAAGAGAUGUUCUGGUAGAUGUUUCAAACAAUAAAGACUGAAAAUCACCUGAGAGUCAAUUAAUGUUCCUUGGAAGGGCAGUUUCUUCCGGGACCUUUUUCUUCCCCCAGGUCUGUUUUUCCUUUUUCCCUAAUAAGAGUCCACCUGCUGUCACACCUCUGAAAGAGAGACAAAGACAGAAAUAAGGAGACCGGUACUCACAAACCUGAAGUGUAACUUCCAUUCCCAGUAGCUGAGAUUCUAGGAUGCAAGGAAGACAACUCCUUUCCUUUGGGGCAUUUCUUUUUCCCCUCUUUUGAUAGCUUAUUUAGAGCCUUUCCAAUAAUAAAAAAUAAUCAGCAUUUUAGAGUCGGCGACUUCGGCUCUUACAAAGAAGUCUACAAGAUUCUUCAAACUAUGCUGGUCUGAUUUAUAAAACUGCGCGUACACAGCUAAGUUCAUUGCAACAUUUAUCACUCAAGCAGAAAAGCAGCUCGUUUUCUCAUAGCCCCAAAUGCCCCGUGUACAGUCACUGGAGCGAAUUUGUUUUUCUCCGUGUUUCCUAAAAGCCCUUAUCACCUCUGUCCGAACCACCAGACUCAGGGCCAAACUAUGGAGGUUUGUGACCUCUGGAGCGGGGUGCACUGUGCGGAUCGAGUUUUUUGCUGUGAGCAUUCUUUAAAAUUGUGAGUUCACACUCUCUUUUUGGCCCUAAAUGAGCAGAGUAGACUUGUCCGCGACUUCAUCACCAGAAACUCGCCGCCCAGAUAGAAGCUAACCACUUCCGCUGCCAGGGGCAAAGGGCUGAACUUUGCUGCCCGGUCCAGUGCUUGGGCGGGAAAGUGAGGGGGGACGGCGGUGGGCUAUGCGGGUGGGAGAGGGGCAACCGUUACCUUCAACAAUACACUAAAAUAUCCAGAUACUACUUUAAUCCUUUCCAUUAACAGUGUCAAUGCGCUAGAAAGGCCGUCUCACCUCUAAAGGCGUCUUUACCCCCGGAGGGCCCAGGCUUCCAGCCCAAUAACACUGGGCCAGCGCGCCGAGAGGAGGUGCUCCGACGGCAAAAAUCCCAUACAUUUUUAACUACAGUGAUUACUAAAUUAAUAGCAGGCACUAAGACAGAUGUCAAAACGUCUUGAAAAUGUUUAUCUGUGAAUAAUUGAGAAGGUGGUGGGACGCAUUAUCUGAUUGUGUAAUGAAAUAUGUAUGAGGAACAGCUGUUUGCAAUAGUCCCCUCCCGCCGCCUCCUCAGCCGGGGCCCUUCUCUUGGAAGCAGGAGCCUCGGCGAAGUUGGUCGCCCACUUCCAUCCUUUUGGAAGCCCGCUCGUUCCCUCCGGGUCGGCUGGCAGAGCUGCGGUUCCACCGCGCCCCGGGGUCAUCCCAUUUCUUGACG